GGCAGUUUUGAAAAGUGCUUUGAAUGUAGUCCGUCUUAUACAGCCUCAACAAAAAUGCGUUUCUACCCAGAAAUAUAAAAUGAUUUACCCAACUAUGAGAUGGCAAGAUGAGAGAGGGGGUAAAAUCUUUGCGUGGCAGGUGGAGCUGCCACUCGACCAGUCACGGAUAUAUGUUCCAUUCAGACAUUAUAGCACAUGUGACAGAAAAUUAAGUGAUGUGACGUGAUAUAGGUAUCUUGUACUUAAAUAUAGUGAACGGAGUCCAUUAUUCAUGAAUAAAAAUUGUUCAGUCUUUAGAAAAACCUUUGCAAGCCCAGUUUAAAAGAACAUGUUAUCAUCUGCUUUGUGGGGAAAUAAUCAGGGCAGUGGAUGAUUCUGAAUUAAAUUGCUGUUUACUGACACUGUGAUUUACUUUUUGUCCUUUUUUUCAGAUCAUUAAUCCACAUCGUUUUUCAAUAUGAAGCAGUGGUGCCUUGUAAAGUUCCACAGUGGUGGAACAGAAGUUGUGCCACACAUAUGGCUUCAGGGGGAGAAAGUUUUCUGGCCUCCAUACCCUCUAAAAGAGUCUGGCAAGGUUCGUGCUGCCAUCAGGAGGAGGGAGGAACCAAAAGAAAAUUGGCAGACUUAUGAGCCUGUCAGGGUCCUCAUAAGCCGAGAUACCUUUGAGGAAGCAGAGAGGUGCCUGGAGAGGUAUUUGAAGCAGCAAUGCGACACCACUGAUAUCCAGUCAGAGGAGGAGAGCCAACAGCCUCAGAAAAGGAGAAAGAAACCAAACCUAAUCUACAAGAAUUCGGAUGACUCUGAUGAAGAUCAACCUCGGAAUGUAACCUUGCAGAAACUGCUCACCACUGUCACAGAGUUGACGAAGGAGGUGAGGGACCUGCGGCAGGACUUCCGAGAGUUCCGCCAGUCCUGUAGGUGUGGCCAAAGUGCUGGGGUGGUGGGCUUGACUGAAGAGCCACUGCAACUGCCUCUGCACAGCAUGGAGGAGCUGGAGAACGCAGAGGUGAUACUCCAGUCCCAGGAGGCUAGGAUGGCAAUGGUGGCCCGCUUCACAGUUAUUGGGGGGACCACCCUGGAGAUCAGGGUCCGGCGCAUGCUGGUAUACAGCAUGACCAAUGAGCUGGCCUCAGGCCUAAACUGGGCAGGCAAGAAGAAUAAGGAUGUGGGCAAACAGAAGCGGCCCUUUAAAGAAAUGGCUCUCUGCAAAUGCAUGUUUGAUGUGAAGUUUGUUGUGGUGUCCCUGCUGCCACAAAUUACCUCAGUGACUCUUCAGACCAGAGUGGAAAAAUAUCGGACCAGCACACACGUGACUGUUAAAUUUUGCACCAAUCAAAGAGUGAUCACACCUGUAACGUGA